AUGUUCAAUGUAUUGAAAGGUUUGGAUACUGGUUUGGCAUUAGUCCUAGAGUCCCUUGAAUUUUGUCUGCAAUUGCGUGGUUCUGAAGCUUGUGUAUUGGAGGACUUAACAAAGGCAAUUAAUUUGGUCCAUGUGCGGCGGGGUCUUGUCGAGAGUGGUCAUGCAUUGUUGAAUCAUGCUCAUCAUGCACAACAAGAAUAUGAAAGGUACUACUUUUAUCCCUUCCUAUAUUUGGAAUGGGAACCUCGUAUCUUUGAGAAUAUGGUAGCUGAAUCUGCUGGCAGUCCAGUCGAGGUAGACUUGCUAAUGCUGUUUACGUCAUUACUAAUUUAUAUGGAAGAUGAGGAGAGGGGGCAAAGAAGCACGGCCGAUUCCUCUGUACUAAAUGGUGUUGUAACUGUUCUGCUACUUGUACAGACGAUUCUUUGGAUGUUUUCCAGUUCUGUUUGUGAGAAAUUGCUAUACAUUUUUUUCCUGGAUUGA